GGUCCCAUCACAUUCCAUGAUGUGGCUGCCUCCUUUAGUGAGGAGCAGUGGAUACGCCUGGAUAACUCUCAGAAAGAAGUUUACAGAAGCGUGAUGAAAGACAUCCAUGGGACAUUAAUGGCACAAGGUUAUAGAAUUUUGAAUCCAAGCACUGUCUUCAGCAUAAAAGGCCGGAAUGAAUCCUUUGUCCAUAUGGAUAGUCACUCUGUGGAAAUGAAAAGUUAUGUAAUUGGAGACUUUCCUGAUAUUCUAGUGACGAUAAAGGAAGAACCCAUUGGAGAGACCCCAAUAAGUCAAGGGGAACAUUGUUUUGUAGACAAUUAUCCUUCCACAUCUUCUGGUCCCACUUUUUUCUUAAAUAUCAAGCAGGAGAAAACAAUAUUUGGACCUGUCAGUUUGAAUACUGAAGCAGAAUUGACAGGCUCACCACACAAAUCUAAUGCAGCUCUUCUUAAAACAGAAGAGGAGGGAUUUUCAAUAGAUGAUUAUAACAGUGCUGGAGGAGAAGAGUCUCCCAACAACAGUGCAGGGGUUCCUGGCAUUUUUAAGCAAGAGCCUGUUCAUGGUGAUGAAGGGGAAAUCGACAACAUGGACCAUGAAAAUAUAAUCCCUGUGAUUGUGAAGGAAGAAGAGCCUGACCCAGAUAGAAAUAUCCACAAUCAAGAAAUUCAACCUGCUCGCCACAGUGCAAGUUUUAGGGAGCCCAUUAUGAAUCUAAUUGAUGAAGCUAUCUUGCUGGUGGUGUUGAGGAGAAGGAGGAGGUUUAGGGAGAUGGAGGAGAAAAGAUCCAGGCGUCGCUACUGGGCACAUCCUUUGACGUCGCAGCGGCUGACAAAUAGUUUAUUUGCUACGAUAUACAGAGACCUUCGCAAAUAUCCAAAGAAGUUUUUUAACUUCACCCAGAUGUCUAUCUCCACUUUUGAUGCACUGCUUGAGAUCCUGCGACCACGACUUACCUGUUCGGAUACCAACACAUGGAGGAGUGUGUCUGCUGAGGAGCGACUGUUGGUCACACUCAGAUUUCUGGCAUCAGGACAGUCGUUUGCGUCGCUCCACCACUAUUUUCAACUAGGUGUGAGUACAGUGGCCAAGGUGACCCAUGAAACUUGCCUGGCACUGUGGGAGGAGCUGCAUCCGGUUGUAAUGCCAGAGCCUACAAAGCAGCUGUGGAAAGACGUGGAAGAUGAGUUCUGGAUGUUGAAGGAGUUUCCCAACUGCAUUGGAGCCCUGGGUUGCAGGCAUGUUAGGGUGAAGAUGCCCCCAAACUUGGGGUCAACGCAUUCAAAAAAUGUCUCGAUUGUCGUCCUGGGUUUGGUGGAUGCCUACUAUCGUUUUGUUGGCAUUGAUGUUGAAGCUCAUGGAAAUUCAAAAGAUUCCAGUAUAUUCAGGGAGUCUGCAAUGGGACGUAGGCUGUAUGAAGGGGGCUUAAAGAUCCCACCUAGGAAGCCUCUGCCUUGUACAAUGGAGCCAAGUCUGCCACAUGUGAUUGUGGCAGAUGAGACCUUUGGACUGACGGAGAACCUAAUGUGCCCCUACAGUGGGCAUGGACUUGCUGAUAAAGAGAGGAUAUUCAACCACCGUCUGAGCCAAGCACAUCAGGUGGUGGAUUGCGCUUUUGAAAUCUGCACCACUAAAUGGCGUAUACUCCAGUCCGAAAUGCAGCUGAAUGUGGAGAAUGCCAUGAAUGUGGUACGGGCUAGCUGUCUGCUGCACAAUUUUGUCCUGGAAAAGGAGAGAGAAGAUCUUCAUACCCUGUUCCCCGAAACACUGCUCAAGGCGUGCACUUUGUGGACUUGAAGCCUACUAGCUAUGCCAUGAACAUUAGAAAUGCUUUUGCAAAUUUCUUUGUAUCCGCAGAAGGGAAAGGUCUCUUUGCAGGAUGA